GUUAAACUUGACGGUUGUAGACAGCUGCGGGGGACUGAUGUCUCUCCACACUCAUCUCUAUGUUAGUGACCAGCGUGGGUCCAGAACACAUCAGCCUCUGUGGCUGUAUCUCUCUUUUGAAAUCCCUUUUUUUCUUUUUUAACUUUAUAGAAUUGAAAAAAUAUUUAUGUCCUGAUCACGGGAUGAAAAAGUCUAAAGUGGAUUUUAAAUAGAGUCCGGACUCUUUCCUCUUUUUCCUCUCUAAGAAGAGUGAAUGAAGAUGAAAAGUUUGCUCUUGGUCACGCUGUGUUUCUCCACCUGUCCACUCACGGUAAGUCCGAUUUUGAUCAAAUAAUAUACAUUGACAAAGACACGAGAAAUCAAACUUAAGGAGCUUUUUCCUGCAUGUAUCCUGAAACGGCUUUUAAUUGAUGUAAACGGUUACACCUUCGAUAUCGAUAAUCAUAUCGAAACAAUGAUUAUUACAAUUAAAGGGGAUAUGGUCUCGAUGGGUUCUUUUGUGAGCUUUUUUAUGAAUAUUCUUACUAAAUAUUUAUUAUUAUAUAAGAUUUUGAUCUACCUGACCUUGUCAUAAAUGGGGGAUGGAAAGUGUAAAGUGUCUUGCUGUGACACAGAGGGUAAUUUAAGAAGUUUAUUCAACAUUUUCUGACAUUUUCUUUCCGCCUGCUUGCUCUCCGUACGACUCACCUCUUUAUCAAUUUAUCUUCAGGCUGCAAUACCCGGAUAGUUGCGUUAAAGCUGUAAUAAUUUAUCAUUUUAACUUGUUUCUGCAUGUAACAAUAAGAAUGAUCAUCUGCCUUAAAGACCUGCCUCAACAGAAAAGAAAAACAUGAUUUUAUGGGCGUCACCCAAAGCCUAAAGAAGGUGGUAUUCAAUUUAUCUUUUAAAUUUUCUGAUAUUUAAUACGCUUAACCUGUAGUGGGAUCAAUAACUUCAUAAACACCAUAAAAAAUUGCUCUGUUUCCUCAAAGUUAGCUGUGUCCCAACAAUGUCCCAAAUUUGUUUUUUUAUUGAAAUAUUAAUUUUUUGGUUUUUUUUAUCACUUAUAUUUUCAUUUCUAAAUAAACAGGAUCAAUUAUUUGGCGAAAUGAGAGAACUAAUAAGUCAGAUUUGGUUUUCAGGCAUUGUGAUGGUCAAUUUUUAUCACUGCAAGGCAUUAUAAUCACCAGUUAAUUAUUGCCUAAUUUAGUUAUAUUAAAAAAUAAUAAUUUUUACUGUCACUGGAGCCAAAAAGAGCAGAUAUUCACAAUGACACCUCAGCCAAUUUGAGCAUGUUGUUUUGAGUGUAAUAAGUCAGAGAGAUGCACCGGCCCCACCAUAAUUGUAUUUUAAAUUACACAAAGAUAAAUCUAUUAAAUAAACUUUUUAGUGCAUUAGAUAGGUGUCUAAAAUCACUUUUUAAAGCUACUGAGAGGAAAUUUUAGCUGGUUAUAAAACAGAUUGAAAUUAAUGCUAAUACCUCUAGAGACAAUCAGCGUAUUUGAUGAUUUGUGUGUUAUUUUAGUGGUUUCUGUCCUUACAUAAUUAUGCUAACAGAAGGCUGCCAUCUUUGUUAUUGUCUGUAAGCCAAUCAUUUGUGUUGUAUAAUUUCCACACAUGUACGGUCUCUGUCUGUGCAUAUAUUUCUGCAGCCUGGGUUCAGUAGAGGACAGCAGGGGCUCAGGUGCAGACAGACCUCUGCCCACAGAGUCUCAAUAAGUCGGUCUGUCUGAAUAUGAGCUGCAAAGCGGUCAGAUCUAAAUCAAAGCACAGCAGGCCUCAUAGUGAAACUCAGUUACUGGAGAUGAGCAAACAGAGGAGGACUCAUGGUGAAAGCUUUGACACUGCCAGCGCUCUGACUGGAAGUUGUCCAAUUAGAUUUUGGUUGAUAUGAUCUGGCUCAACAAAUGGUAGCUGACAACUAAGACUCGAGAGUAAAGACACAUUUGUUAAAGACAGAAGGACGGAGGAGAUUUUCAAUUAUUCUUUUGUGCUUUUCAGGUGUUAAAGGGAUAUUCCGACGUAAAAUUAACCGUACCGUAAACAAACCUCAACCAAAGCUCCACUCUAUAACCACAAAUAAUGCUCAGAACAGCACCUAACUUCAUCAACAGGACAUAUAGGGUCACAGACAUAGUACUAGCCACCAAACAUCUUUUUAACUUUGACUCAUUUCUUUAGCAAAGAGACUAAACACAACUCACCUACUCUCUUCCAGCAGCCACUUGUUUGUACGGAGACCUCAGGCCAGUUAAUUACGGACUACAGCGGGGUGACGCAGCUCAAGGAAGAACAUUUAUGAUCAUUUCUUCAUGGGAAUACAAUCAGACCGAGACGCUAAGGCAGAAGAACUAAAUGUUCUUCCUUGAGCUGCGUCACCCCGCUGUAGUUGGUAUAACUCGGCAGUAUAGUUGGUAUAAGCGGUCGGCAACAUUUAUCUCUUGAGGGGGUGUCUAACUCGGUGUUACGGUGUGUUUGACCCCAAAUUAAUUUCACGCCGGAAUAUCCCUUUAAGAGUCAAAAGUUGAUCAAUGUUGAAAAUCAAAGCUACGGCGAACCAAGAAAACCUUUUUUUUAAGCAUAAAUUUUUGUGAAAUCGUGUUAAUUUUUUGUUAGCAGACUACGCUAGAUGGAAGCUGACGUCUUUGAUUUAAUGUGUCAGAAACUUAUCCGAUCAGCUCACCUGUUAAGGUUCUGUUAGAGGCAAAGACAACUUAAAACAGACUAAACAGAAGGUCGGCCCUCAGUAUAGAAAUAUGAAAGAUAGAGCUGUUUUGAACGAAUUUGUCCUAUUCAACUCAGAGCUACGGACUUUUUUAAGACUGAAGAGAUUAAAGUUGAAUAGUUGUCUCAUAUUCAGGUCUUCGCAGUAGUUGGAAUAAAAGUAUCUCCGAGUUCUUGAUGGCGCCGAUACCACUUGUUAUAAUCUCACUGAGACUGUCUCUUGUUCUACGAUAAGGAGAAAACUUCUUCAUCUUUAAAUGUGUUUGUGAGUCAGUAUUUAGGCCACUGAAAGCAGCCAGGCGUAACCCACCGUGAUUAAGCAUAGCGCUGUGAUUUAGUAGCUUUUGUGCCGAGAGCAUGCACAUUAACACGAUGAGGGAUGAAACGCUUGCCCUCCAUUAUACACAGCCAGCACACAACACGACCAAAAUAAUGGGAUUGUAAAAAUAUCAACAGCUCUGUUGUUGUUGGGGUAAUCUGUUUAGUUUUGGUGGAUUCGUCUGAUGAAGUUGUUGUGCUCUAAAUUUCUGACACUGACUAUGGCUGAACUGUCUUUUUUUGGAAAUAUAGGAUCGAUCUGCUUAUAAUCUUUACUGUUUUCUGCGACCUGUUCGAACCAGCUGAAGUAACAAACAGACAGAUUGUCCACCUUUUCCUGCUCCUUCCCUGCAGAGCGCCCUGGAGCAAGGCACUGAACCUCACACAGACCCGCUCUAAAUCACUCAGAUAAAUUCAGAGAUAGCAGAUUAACCGAGCGCAUCAUAAAAGAAGCAGAAUAUGGAAGACGUGGAGCUCCUUGGUCUCCCCUGCAGAGUGAUUACUGUGAUAAAAGAAACCAGGACACCAUGUUUUUCUAUUAUCAGUGUAAUCUGAUGUUCCCUACAAGCUCUGUCUGCUGUCAGGCUUUACCGGCUCUGAUAAAGACCCUGUACACUCUUUUAUAUGAAGUCUCUGCUUUGGGGUCUGUUAUAGGAACACGGUUUCCUGUUUGAUGUUGUUUGAUACCAUUUGGCACUGGAGGCAUUGCGCUCUAUUGAGGCUCAGAUCCAGAGCUCCAUGAUUCAUUUCCUCUGUCAAAGGCAUGUUAAAGCUUUAUCUCUUUGUCAUACAAGUAAAUCCUCUACAAAGCCGUUUAUUUGAUUCUGAUACUCCAACAUCUCAUCAUUCCAAUACAGUUUACUCUGUGAGGUAUGACGCAGCAGUCAGGGUCACCAGGGUCAGGGUGUGUACAAAAACAAAGAUGGUGGACCAAUGGCUUCUUCACAUUUUUUUAACACUGCUAGGCCUGAACAGGGUUGUUGGAACGAUACCAGACCAAUUAGCCAGUUCAUAGUAGGGUUGUCACGAUACUAAAACUUCACACUCAAUACCGAUACCCAGGAAAAUACUCCAAACAUACCAUUUUCGAUACCACCGGAAUAAAAAGUGACAAAUACUUUAAAAGGCAUAAAAAAUAUUUUUAUUAACAUGAAAAACAGAAUGUAAAUGGGUAGUUGGUACUCACAUAUACUCUGCUACAGCUCGGUUUAUUUUGACAGCUUCAGGAGACUUUGGGUCAUACUUUCUCUGUUUUUCAAAAAGCACUGGAAGAGUAGGCUGUGGUUUCUUUGGUUUAGUUGCAGGUCAACUUCUCUCUGCUUCAGUGUGCACCUUAAAGGCAAGCAAACACAUUUGAGUCACUGUUAGCGAGCUAAAGGCUGCUAGCCAAGGGCCCGCAACUAAUGGCUAGUAACAACACAAACAGCAUUCACUGAGCAUAAAGCUAACUGCAGCUAUCGGGAAUUAAUGCCGGCCACCGACUAGACUAACAUCACUUUAUCAGUUUAGAACAGUAAGGUCGAGUAUGAACGGGAGCUUUGCUAACCUGCCGAAAUCCGUCAGGGCUCUCCCGACUGCCUGACGCCGUUUGCCGGGUCGGCUGCGCUACUUGCAGAGUGUGUCCGGCAGGCGCUGCAGGCACACACACCGUAGUAUCGAUACCAUGGCAAAUUCAUAUCGUAUCCGGAUACGGCAUGUCAGUAUCGAUACUUUUAAAAUUAAAAACUGCUAUUGUUCGAAACGCUUUUCCAUUGAUGGCAGUUUGUUAUUAAACUAACACAGCAGAUUUCAGCACAAGGAGUUAAAUUUUUGUAACAUCUGGAUAAUAAAACAGUUUAAAUCCAACAGAAAAGAAAAGCAAAGGACUGAAUCUCUUACUGAAAUCGUCACCCAGAGCUCUGAGACAUGACUGGGACUCGUUGGAGGUCAAACACGACAGCCGACAGAUUCAGCGUUUAAGAUUUGCUCUGCAGUUAUGGGUCAUGUGAUGCUGCAGGCUCAAAUCUGAUUCAUGGUCCUCUGUGUCACCAGACUUUAAUGCAAACUCUCCUCCUCAUCCUUCCAUCAUCGAGGCUAAGACGGGGCCAGUGUACCAAUAGCGGAAUCUUGACUGAAAUUUCAGCUCUUUAGUCGUCCUAAUUGGCAUGUCAUGGUGGUCAGGUUUUACUUAAUCUUUGACUUGUUUUGGGUUAGGUGCUCGCCUUUUUUAUUUUUUUGCCUCAGCAAAACUUGAUGUCUUUCCGUACAUGAGAUCAAGUUGUCCCUGGACACGUUUUUUUUUCUUGAAAGAAUAAAAGCUGUUGUUACGGCAGUAUGACCAAAAAAGUGUUUAACACAGCUGGUUAGAGUAAAAUAAUGGAUAGGAUUAGAAUAUUAGUAAUAACGAAACAAGCUGGGACCCAGUAUUAAGCCCUGUGGAACACCUUUUUUGUAGUAAAUUACUGUAAAUUUACAGUUACAGUGAAUCAUAUCAUUCAGACUUUAAUCCUGUUGGCGGAAAUUGAAACGUUUUAGUUUGCAUGUUGUUUCAGGUCUCUGUGCCAGUGACAUCAGAAUAUCCCUCAUGUAGCGGUGACGUAAUCCGACCGCGUCUUUAUUAGUGUAAAAAUCUGAUCACAGGCUUAUUUUUCCACCCUUACCCACGCUAAAUACACCACAGCAUGUAGGCCGAACAGCACAGCUGCUGCUUAAAUUUACCCAAAACUAAGAAAACUCUUGGGAAAAAAACAAGCAGACACUGACGUUAGGAUGUGGGUGCUGUUUUAUUGUUUGGCAGGGUCUCAGUGUUUCCUCUGCAGGAUUCGUAUGGCUCACAGAACAUUAGGUCACUUGCCUCAGCUGAUUGCAAACACACACAAAUACACACAGAGAGCAGAGGCAGUUGGUAUAAGCAGCUUAUCUUGACUGUGUAUUUAUCUGGUAAUCAUAACCGUGACUUUCCGCCUGUGUGUCUGGCUGAAAUACUUCCCGUCAUGAGCUACUUUUAAGAGAGGUUCAGACAAAAAUUAGGGGCCGCAGAAACUAACGCGAGUGUUUGUUCUUUUCUGAAGUUCAAAAUGAUUGAAAUGAAGAGUAUUUCUGAAGGAAAGAGAUACUUUUGAUUUGGGCUCAUUUUAAUUUUGCAGGCUGUUUUGAUGAUCUGAAUAACGCCAGAUUGUAUCAUCCGGCAUACAAACAACAGCAGCUGUGUGUGUACUUGUUUAAUCCUGCAAACAGGGACUCUGCAAGACCCCAAGUGUUAAAAAUCUCAAAGUCAGUCUCUCAACAUUUUCUGUGAGUGCCAGACUUUAACAACAGAGUUUGUUUUGACAGAAAACAACAAUUAUUAGACAGGAAACAAGGGGAGCAGAAUAUUAUAUCAUGUCAUGUAUCAUAUCAUAUCUCAUAUUUUAUAUCAUAUCUCAUAUCAUAUCUCAUAUUUUAUAUCAUAUCUCAUAUCAUAUCACAUAUAAGAUAUAUGAUAAAUGAUUAGACAGGAAACAAGGAGAGCAGAACAUCAUAUCAUAUCAUAUAUUAUACCUUAUAUCUCAUAUCAAAUCUUAUAUCAUAUCAUAGAUUAUAUCUCAUAUCAUAAAAUACCAUAUAUAAUAUGAUAAAUGAUUGGACAGGAAACAAGGGAGCGGAAUAUCAUAUCAUAUAUUAUAUAUUAUAUCUCAUCAUUUCAUAUCUCAUAUCAAACCUCAUAUCAUAUCAUAUCUCAUAUAAGAUAUAAUAUGAUCUAUGAUAUAUGAUAAAUGAUUAGACAGGAAACAAGGAGAGCAGAACAUCAUUUCAUAUCAUAUAUCAUAUCAUAUUAUAUCUCAUAUCAUUCCAUAUCUCAUAUCAAAUCUUAUAUCUCACAUCAUAUCAUAUAUAAUAUGAUAAAUGAUUGGACAGGAAACAAGAGGAUCAGAAUAUCAUAUCAUAUCUCAUAUCAAACCUCAUAUCAUAUCAUAUCUCAUAUAAGAUACAAUAUGAUCUAUGAUAUAUGAUAAAUGAUUAGACAGGAAACAAGAGGAUCAGAAUAUCAUAUCAUAUCUCAUAUCAAACCUCAUAUCAUAUCAUAUCUCAUAUAAGAUACAAUAUGAUCUAUGAUAUAUGAUAAAUGAUUGGACAGGAAACAAGAGGAUCAGAAUAUCAUAUCAUAUCUCAUAUCCUAUAUCAUCUCAUAUAAUCUCAUCUCAUAUCUCAUAUUAUAUAGUAUGAGAUAUGACAUGAUACGAGAUAUAUGAUAAAUGAUUAGAAAAGAAACAAUGAUAUAUAUAAAAUAUGAUAUAAGGUGUCAUGACAGGAUACAUUAGGACAUAACAAAAUAAACAUGACAUUAUCUAAACAAAAGGACACAAUACAUUUAAAUAACAGAGAGCUACAUGACAUGGACACAAAAUUACCUGAUACAACAAGAUACAACACUACAAACAUGAUUAGACAUGGUGCUAGCAUGAUAUGACACUAUCUAACACAGCAUGACUUAAAAUGUUACCCUAGAACAUGAUAUGAUAUCAUAAUAUCAUACAGUAUGAUAAAUUAUAUGAUACAUGAUAACAUGAUGCAACACUACCAUAUUUAUACUGAUUAAUGACAUUCAAUCCUGCUGAACACGUACAAUGACAAUGAAGAUGUUCUAGUCUAUGAUAUGAUACGAUACAACAGGAUGAGAUGACAUGAUAAAACAUAAUAUGACAUGUUAUUUGAUACUACAUUAUAUAAUCAGUUAAGUGAUUUUUCCUCUGCAGGUGGAUGGACGACAUCCAAACUGUAACUUUAUGUUAGAAGUGGAGAAAGACCAGGCUGAGUGUCUGAGGAAGCUGAAAGAGGAAGAGGAGGCCGCUGGGAGCGAAAAAGGUCAGACUUUCAUUUAAGUGCGUUAGAAAAUAAACUUCUGUCAGCAGGUAAAAGAGUGAGUGACGCUUUGUUGAGUUGAACUGUAUCUAAAUCCCUGAAACAGGAAGGACAAACAGAGUCUGCAUCUGAAGCUGAUUUUAACAUGAAUAUAUGCAUGAGGUUCACACAUGUAGAGGGGGCAUAUAUUCAUACCUCAGCCAUGCGAGGACGUGAGCGGCCUUUACAUCUCACUUUAAUCCUCCAGUCUGAAUUCUGUCCAGCAGAAAAUGAAAACCCGGCAGAUUCCAGGUCAGAUCUUCUUCUUUAUUGAAUAAAUACACGCAAGGUCCAAAAACCUGAGUCCUCCAGCUGGGGGAUGUUUUCAAACUAAAUCUGGGUAUGAGACUCACCUGAUCUGACCUCUGGAGUUGACUAAUCAGAUUAUAUCUCAUGUUGAAAUAUGAGAUUAUUCCUCCGCCUGACCAAAUAUAGAUAAAACUAAAAUUAAACUUACACAAAUACCUCUAAUCUGCUGGUCAGCGUGGGGACGGUACAGCGUGGAGACUCAUGUCUGGACUCUUCUUGAUUAUUUGUUGGUCAAAAAUCUGCUGUAGGGUAAACUCGUAUGAAAUUAAACUCCUGAAUAUUGAGUCUAAAAGAGAAGAACAAAUAGUUUUAGCAAUUUAAAAGGAAACUUGAUAUUUUUAACUUAGAAAAUCAAACACUGCUUUUUGAAUGUGAUGAUUAAAGCUCCUGUUAGAAGCUUUACAUGGAAAUAAAAUGGAUGAAAUUCAUAUUAUUGCCUUUUCCUGAAAAACAAAAGCUAAUAAGACAUUUUUUACACUACAUUUUUAAAGAAAAUUGUGCAUUUUACCGUGAAAAGUAAGUAGGAUGGGAUUUUUGUCCUUAGAAAUUACUGGGAUAUGUAAAUCGUAGAAUAAGCAAAGAAUGCUCUGUCCACAGGGGGCGCCAAAGUUGACGCAAACAAAAACAUCCUCACAGAAGCUUUAAGUAUUUCCAGUAUCUGACAGUGCUCUCGUCGUGGAUACUCUGAAUAUUUUGGUCCUAAAUUUUAAUCUUUGUUGUUUACAAAGUCGUAUCGAUUUCCGAAACCUUAAAGAAAAGUUUUAACAUCAGAAACAAGCUAAUGGGUUUGUUUACUUUCAGUAUCCGAACUAGGUUUGAGUCACAGGGAAGAUCUGGGAUAGAAAAACAAACGCAAUACAAGAUUGAGUAAAUGAUACAAUACGAGAGCAGCUAUGAGACGAGGUCCAAUAAGAUAUGUUAUGAUACAACACAAGGUGAGAGUACAGUUUCAAUAUUACACAAUGCCGAUACAAUAAGGGACAAGAUAUGAUACCAGGUAGAAACAAGUGUGGUAUGAUACAAUACCAGGUAAUAUACGAAGUGAUACCAGGUACGACGUCGUAUUGAGUGUGAUAUCAGGUACGAUAUUUUACAAAACCAGAACCCUGAUACAAUACAAGACAUACGAAGCAAUACCAGCGCGCUACUUAACCUGGUAUACAAUACCAGGUUUAAAACUACACCAGAUAUGGUGCCAAAUAUGAUGUGAUAUUUUACGAUAGCAGCUGACGUGUUACAAUAUCAGAUUCAGAAUGAUAUGUACAGAUUUAUUCACUCAAAAACCUGGGUAAAAUAAAAAAUAAGUAAAAAACAGAUAAUCUGGAUGGAAAAAUGUGUUUACUUCUAAGUGGAGAAAAACAUAAGCUGAUGAUAGAAGUUUGAUUUGAAUGAAACUUUUGUGCUGCUGCAGCUUAAAAGAAGAAAAGGCUCGUUUCUGGUUUAACCCACUUUUUAUAAAUUACCCAGACACCGAGCCGCCUCAUCUUUUUUCUUAACAAGACCAGCUUGGUCUUUCUUCACAUAUGAGCCAAUUAUUCUGAGUCUGAAAUAUGGAUAUGGAGGCGAACUUUCCCUCAACGUUUAAUCAAGGUAUCCACCUCUGAACUAAACAGGCAUUAUUCAUGUAAAUACCCCGGCCCUCCGCUCUUAACUCACAGUUGGUGGUCUUCUGUGAGGUUGAAUGUGCACGGCAAACAAAUUAAACCUUCAGCUCUUUUUUGUCUGCGACGGACGCGACGGUGAAGCCUAAAAGCUCUGUUGUGUCGCAAGCGGCGGUGUUCCUGCAGUGUUAACGAGGCUGACUUUGCUCUGCAGCGACGUGAGCGCUGGACGCCGAGCCCCCCUGCUGUGUUAAUUAAAGCUCAAUGACACGAAGUAGAGCAAAAUAAUAACACGGCUCAAAUCGUCCGCGGGGAAAAAUCUGCUGGGAAAAGCACUUUUCUUUCAGAGUUGAUUCAUCUGUUUGGUGAAGACAGAGGCUCUCAUGCUUUUGGCCGACAACUGCGGUUCUGGUUUGUUACAUUUUCUAAACAAGGCAGUUAACGUUUAGAUCAGUGUGUCACAAAUCCAGCAACAAACUGUCCAAGACUAGACUGAAAACAAGGAUAGUUUCCUGUUCCUUUGAGAUGGAUUCAAGAGUCCAAAAACAACCGGGUUACCAAAGUGAAAGGGUUGAGCUCUAGAAGAAGUCAGGAGGGUUACUCUUGGUUGGAUGCUGGUCAUACAAAGGGUUGGGACCUGACGUUGUAGUUUGGGGGCCCUAUCUAACAUGCAUGGUUUUUACAUUCGUAGUAAAUCAGAGCAUGUCACUGCUUUUUGUUUCUUAAUCAGGAUGCUAAUUGAGACUCAGGGCGCAAAGGUUAGAUUAUGUCCCUCAACUGCCCCUUGGUCUGUUUUGGGUGUAACAUGAAUCAAACCUGCGUCUGCUCCCCUUCCCUUUGACAGUAAUAAGGUUGUUCAUGUAGAAAACCAAAGUCGCCCUACUUUUCCUGACAGAAUCAACAGGGAAUGAUAAAAGAUUUGAUAUCGCGAAAUCUUUUCAAUUCCCAUCCCUGUCAAAGCGAUAAGGUCUGCAGUCGGAGAUCAUGAAUGGACAACGGCGGUACUCGGUUUGAAUGAAAGUAGGGCAGCUAUGAAAAGAGAGCCGUCACUUUUAAAGUGAAUUAAAAAUAAAAGAGCAUCAACCGGACAAAGAGGAUUUCCCUCUAUAUGUUGUGUGCGGUGUAUUUGUGGGUUGUUGCAGUCCGAUAUGUUUACCAGUGUUUCUUUGAAAGCCCACAGAGAGAGGACGGCUCACUCAGCAGGUUGAUGGACUCUUCUUUAUGCGCCGCUGAGUCCAGAUCUGCAUUAGAGACACUUUUCCCCCAAAGACAUCCACUGUCCUUCUCCUCGGGGUUUCUGUAUGUCACUCUCUUUCACAUCUGUCUCAGUUCUUUGUCUUCACUCCCAGCUUCUCCUUUCUCUCCUCUUCCAAACCGUCACAUGGAAAUGGAAAAUAAAUCAACGCCUGUUUCGAAAUAGAUCAAAAAAGAGAUACCAGGUUUCCUUUUCUGAGUUUGUCUUUCUUUUCACGCUCUGAUGCCUCGCUGGCUGUUUGUGUCUCUUUCUCGGGGAUGUUGAGAUGGCUGCUACAUUUUACCAAACACACUGUCUCUGUUCAUCCAUCGCUCAAAAGCCUUGUUGACUGCUCAGUUUGCCAUCAGCACUUUUGCUCCCAUUAAGAUUCAUGCUGAGAGCUGGCAGAGUUAUUUCAGGAGGCAGAUCGUGAGUGUUUUGUUUCUGGAGGGUGGGUGGGAGUUUUGUAUUCAUUAAAUCUUCCUGAUAGCGUCUAAAUCCUCCGCAUAUGUCAGUUAAAUCCAUUCUCCCGGCUGUGAAAUAGUCAUGAAAUUAUUAUUUACAGGACCCGAUUCAGGGACUCGUUUCUACUCUUUUAUUGUUGCACUCACAGGGGAUUUCAGAAUAAUGCUUUUCAAUAGUAAGUCUGUGUCAUGCCUGCAGAACAAAAGCCAUUUCAGCUCAACGGCAUUAGAUGGUGGUCACGACAGAUUGAAAAACACAAAGACGCAAAACAUCGGAAGAAUCAGAGUUAUGGUUAACAUCUGAUAAAAAAAUAUAUUCCAGCUAUAAGGAGGAUUUUAUCGUGACUGCAGGUCCUUACAGCAGCCUGUAGCAAUGGCCGCCAAGAAUAAGAAAAAACAAGAAUGAUAAAGUACGUAAAAAACAAAAAAGGAGAGCCCUGUGAAUCUGUCCUCCAGUGCAACCAAGCGCUGGUCUGAGUCUGAGCCAACCCGACCAAUAAAGGUCAAGUUUGAGGCCAACUCUGGAAAGUCGAGAGAGUGUCUGCCUCCAAAACCCAGACGAGGAACUGAUUUCAAAGAAAAAUGGUCUAAGCCUGAACCAGAACUAAUUCAAGCUGUACCCAAAAGUUAAGUUUGAAAGAGUAGAGAGGGUGUCCACCUCCCAGUCUCGAAGGACAGACUUAAAGUACUGUGAAGAGGCCAGCGCUCAUAGAGUACAUUCCUGAGAAGUACUACAGGGUUCUUAAACUGCUUAAUGCCAAGGACCCCUGUUUAGACCCUUUUGGGGCCGAUGUCGGGAUGGCUUCACAAUAUUAGCGAGAGGCAAACAGGUAUCACCUCCACAAGGUCAGGGUCAGGGCUCUACCAAACUGUGAUGGAUGUAUCUGUGCCUUUUUUACACUGGACAGUUUCGGGAUGCAGGGGAGAAUGGGACAACAUUGCAUGCUGGGAACGAGCUGAGAUAAACAAGACCAUCACUAUCCCCUGUCCACGAGUCCUGACGACCGUGUUCGGCAGAAAUGGUAAGUUAUCUAUUCAACACAAUCAUUGAUGAGAUAAUUAGGAAGUUUAAGUAAAUCAAAUAACUCAUUAAUUUAAGGGCUUGCACCGUUAAAGUAGAGUCCAAAUUUGACUGGAUUUUUUCGGACCUCUUUUCGGUUCUUCCUCCAUAACUUCCUGUCUUUAAAUAUUUAGAAAACUUCUCGACUUUCACUACAAAACCUAACCUCAUGAGGCUUUUUGUCCUAGUUUUACCUCAAAUACUGCCCUCUGGUUAUUGCCGUCUAUAUUAAUAUGUGCAGUGAAUUCCCCACUGAUCCAUUAGACUUUUUCCAGCCAGUGGCCAGAUGGCAGUUUGGAUUUCCACUCUGAGCCCUGCUCUGAUUUACAUUGAGCGCUAAACAGAUUUGGGACAAAUCUAAAGCCCCUAAAGUUACAUCAUUUUACAGAAAAACUGAAAACUCGUUACGUAAGAGGAACAUGCUCCAUCAGCAGCUUCCUGAGGUCUGAAGGUUUUUAUCCAAUAUCAUGUGAGAGUUGGAGAAAACUUACCUCCACUGUUGAAGCAUACUUUGCAUCAUAUCUUCUGUACAUCACUUAGUUGCAUCAAACUCUUUUUUAAUUAUUUUUAUCUUUUCUUGGCCAAGCAGUAUUUCCUCUGCUAAAACACUGAAUGUGGGGUGGUAGGUUAGUUAGUGUGGCCAAUCCUAACAAGAACCUUAAGGGGAUUCCGGCGUAAAUUAAGUUAGGGUCAAACACACUGUAACACUGAGUUAAACACAUUGUUGAGAGAUAAAUGUUGCCGACCGCUUGCUUCUCUAGUUAUACCAACUUUAGUAACGACAGCACGAUAGCAAUACACAGCGGUCUGAGGAGCCAUAAACAAACCUCAACCAAAACGCCACUCUAUAGCCCCAAAUAAUGCUCAGAACAGCACCUAACUUCAUCAACAGGAUAUAUAGGGUCACAGCCGUAGUACUAGACACCAAACAUCUUUUUAACUUUGACUAAUUUCUUUAGCAAAGAGACUAAACACAACUCACCUACUCUCUUCCAGCAGCCGCUUGUUUGUAGCGAGACCUUGACCAGUCCAUCAGACUGCAGCGGGGUGACGCAGCUCAAGGAAGAACAUUUAUGAUCAUUUCUUUAUGAAAAUACAUUCAGACCGAGACGCUAAGACAGAAGAACUACCGCGUCUGCAGAGAAAAAUGAUUAAUAUGGUGAUUAUUACUUCAAGGAAAUGAUAAAGAAAUGAUCAUAAAUGUUCUUCCUUGAGCUGCGUCACCCCGCUGUAGUCCAUAAUGGACUGGCCUGAGGUCUUGCUACAAACAAGCGGCUGCUGGAAGAGAGUAGGUGAGUUGUGUUUAGUCUCUUUGCUAAAAGAGUUAGGCAAAGUUAAGCAAGUGGUCAGCAACAUUCAUCUCUCGAGGGGGCGUCGAACUCAGUGUUAUGGUGCGUUUGACCCUUAAUUAAUUUUAUGCCGGAAUAUCCCUUUUAGUCCCCACCAAGUUCUUCAUACAGAAAUGGUGAAAUAGGUUAGUUGAUGCAGCAGAGUGGUGAUGCUUAAAGGUCAUUUCCACAAUCAGACUCAAAAAAGAGCAAGCUACGCGGAGUUUUAAAACUUAAGUUUUGUUUUUGGAAUAUGUUGUUAUUUGGGUAUAAGUUUGAGUGGGGAACUGUGAAAAGAGAUUGGAGAGUGAUCUGCAGCAAAGAGCCAGAACAGAACCACUCUGUAUAGCGGGGUCCCUUAGCCCAUUUGGCCAAACUAGUAUUCUGGGAAAUAAAGUUCUUUUACUGAAGGGAAAAUUCACUAUGAUUUAACUGCAGCUGCUAAUUGUACCAAGAACUACACAACAGUCGGUACGACUCAAAGUCUAAUUCACAGGGUGAAAGUAAAUAACAUUCAAGUACAAAAUCCCCAAGUUUUUCAAGGUUCAAAGGUUUAAAACUCAUCAGUGAAAAGUACGAACCAAUGAAGCUGCACAGACAAUGUAGAUUUUGAAACACAUCCCAGCAGGAUUGCAACAGCAUUAUCUCCUCUUGUGAGCUGGAACAUCUAAAUGUAAAUACAGUUAGCCUUUAAAGGUUUCAGCUGUGUUUACUCCGCUGUGACACUGUGAGGACGGUUUGUUGAGAGUGUGCUGAGGCAGAAGUGUGCUGACGUUACUUCCAGCCACUGAGCCAGAGACACUUCAUGCUUUUUACAAUGCAUUCUGGGAAUUUCCAAACGAGAUGAACUUCUGGUGCACUUUGAUGAUUUUGGAAUAAGAACCAGCGAGAAUCCCUCUGGAGCUCAGUGGGCCAUGGCACUGACUGUCACUUUGCUGAGAGGUGUUUUGAGUAAUGGGGCAUGGUAUAGCAUAAGACAGGUACCUCAAAAAUUCAUAGUUUCAAAUUUAAAGGAAAUCACCCAGACUUACUAUCUGGCUUUGACAUCCAGGAUUUGAGUUUUAAACAGCCCUCCCCAUUCAUCCUGACCAACCUUUCCCUCCUUCUUAUUGUUCCUGAGUUUGCAUUAGUUAAAAGCAAAGUUGAUCCAGGGAUGAGCGCACACAUAAUUAUAUUAUGCAUUUCACUCUUGGUCUCUCUCAGGUAACAUCAGCAGAAACUGCUCAUCAUCUGGAUGGUCUGAUGUUUUUCCAAACAUCUCCAGUGUGUGUGGGUCAGACACCAGCCAAGACAAGGUACACUCAACGUUAGACGUCUUUGACUCUCCUGUGUGGUGGUGCUGUAAACCUCAGAGAAGUGCCACUUAAACAUGAAAUAACUCUGACUCUGCUGUGCUCUUACUUAUUGCUUGUGUUGGCAGUCGUGGCCAAAAGAGGAUUCAGACAAUUUUCCGAACUUUCUGGUUGGUUUCUACUGUCCGAUAUUGUAGCACGCUAACUUUGUUUGGGCUCGUGAACGACACAUGGGAGCAGCAUCUGCCUCACAACCAAUCAGGUUGGGGAAGGCGGAGAACGGCUUUGUUUACUAUCGGAAAGAGCGGGCCGCUCUAAAAACUUUAAAUGUUGACUACACAGACAUAACAAAACACAACGAUAUCGAAAUAUUACCAAAUGUCAUCAUUAACUUAAAGCUUUUCUGUAUAAACAACAAAAAAAGAUGCUUCUUUAACAGAAUCCUGCCUACCCCACCUUAAUGGCUGCUUAUCAACGAGCUGUGGAAUAAUUAUUGGGGUUUACACGGCUUACAACCUUUACGGUAGAUAGCUAAUUGUAGGCAAAGUUUUGAAUCAGGAGGUAAGUGUAGGUCUGAGUAAUCCCUCAGCAUUCAGGGCUCAGUCUGAACUCAACUGUUUGUCUCUUUUUUUAAAGCACGGAACUUUGUGAUGUCACAAAGCCACGGAACUCCAUUGAUGUUCAUAUCAGUAUGACAGUGGAAUCUUUUUUUGGCAGACUCCCAGAGAGCUGGCCAAUCAGAACAAAGUGGAAUUGUUCAUGUCAGAUGAAGGCUAAAUUGAGGAUUUUUGUCGACACCAGCGCAAAUUGAAGUUAUUUAUAAUGGCGAUAAAGCAAAGCUGCUACAGAGGUUGAUAAGAGCAUGACAGGAGCGGUAAAGCUGUCAUAAAUGAGGAGCAGUAUUGGUUUGAGAGAUAGGUUAGCACUGUGAGCUGGGGGCUAGGUGUAAGCUCAGUGAAUUUAGCAACCGAGCCCAGCUUUUCAGACACUUUUUUGCUUUUAGGUCACAGUCGCCUGUGUCAGACACUGUGACACUGUUAGGGUAGGACAACCUAAAAAGGUCUGUACUCCAGUUUUCCUAUCUUCAAUGUUAUUUUAUCAGGAUCAGUUAGCUCUCUGUCCUCACUAAACCUCGCUUGUUCCCUUCUUUAGUGUUAAGUAUACAUACAUUUAUUACCGGAUGCUGUUUCAUACAGACCAAAUUUACGACUGUGGUGGUAAGAUGAGGUUAAUUCUCUGUUUUCCUUUUGCUCUCUCCCCUGAAGCUAGUUGCAAAUAAACAAUAACUAAUCGAUUCGAAAGACGUCCAACUUUUUGUCUGAUUCUUUUUGGAUGUUCUGUGAUUCCCCAUCACGCUGUUGUGUUCCUGCGGGCAGGAGGAAAGGAAAUUUCUGUUGAGGAGAUGUUUUGCCUCGUUUGACCUUGACUGUGAUAAUGGCUGCUCCCAUCUUGGUUGAGUUCAGGUCACGACCGGUCUAACUCUGAAUCACCCAUUGUGCUUGUUCAAUUAUCUCUCCCCUCUCUCUCCACCAGUUUCUGUUGCUCUCCCGCUCGCCUCUUCUCGACCUUCAAUUUCUGCCUCUUAAAGCUCCUCUUUUUUUUUUGUCUUCCUCAUCUUGCCUGUAAGUGUCCUGAACAUGUCAUUUUCUUAUAAUUUGCUCAAAACACCUUGAAAAUCUGUACUUCAUGUCUGUCAAAUUAAGGUGCUCCACCUUCAGCUGAGAAAAGGGCAUUUUUUCCCGCAGACUCCUCAGGAGCUACUGGAUUACUUCAACAGCUCUGUUGAAGAGUCAGAAGAAUCAUAAAACUAAUUUAAAAGAUAAUCGAUCUUACGCUGUGAUGGACUAGAAAAGGACAAGAAAGAAACCAAUUGGAGAAAAUUCACUGCUCAAUUUUUCUCAGGAUGAAGACACAAGAGGAGGUCAGAACUUUGACAUCUUCAGUUUCUCAUCUCUUGAAAAGUAAAGAGCAAAAAGUCAUUCUCUCUCUCUCAAAUAUCCUUGGAUUUUUGUUGUAAAAGCCAAGAUUUUGAUCACUUUCUUCAUUCUUCAUGCAUAUAGCUAGAUUCAGAUUUGAUUGGAUGAAACCCCAAAUAUGGACCCUAUAAAGCCAAUUCAUCAACGUUUUGGAAAUCACAAUGUCAGACUUCUUGUUGGGUUUUUGGUGCUGGAGAAAGUGGCUUUUCUGGAAGGCCUUGACAUUCGUUGUGCAAAUGGAAAAGUUCACAUGCAGCCACCAGGCCAUGAAAUAAAAUGGAGAAACAUUAGAUAAAUGCAAAUAUUUAUCUUCAUUGAACCCAUAGAAAUGUUGUUUUGUAAACGCAAACUUUGGCUGCCUCUCUGUAGCUGGCCAGAGUACAGGAGAAGGACAGUGACCCUUUCAGGGUAUUUCAGUGAGCCAAAUUCUGGAGGCUUGUUAGGUAUCAGGGACUGAUAUCUAACUGUGAUAGUAACCCAAUAAUCCUGCCUCUGUGUCUCUUUCUCUCUUUCAUGGGCAGCUGGUCUUUUACAUGGUCGUGCAGACGCUGUACACUCUGGGUCACAGUCUGUCGCUGAUCGCUUUAACCACAGGGAGCGCCAUCCUCUGCCUGUUCAGGUAGGAGAGGAAAUAUUUCCAUAUUUACACUCUGUAGUCCCUGUGGAGUAAAAGGCUUUUUAGAAGAUAUAACUGUUAAAACAUAAUAAGAGUAAUAAUAUCUUCAUUUAUUUUUAUUAUGAUUAUGAUUGUAAUAAGAGUAUAGUUGUGUGUUGAAGCUCAGCUGUUAGGUCUCUUGUUUGUAUCUUUAAAAGGUUGGUCUAUAUUUCUGCUGGAUUUUAAAGAUGGGGGGUGUAACAUGAAGUGAUAUUAGAGGUAAAGUUUUCAGGGUCUGUCUUUCAACUUGGCUGGAUAACCAUUAUCACCAACUCUAGACUCAUAGUCUGGUCUAAACAGGAUUACCGUAUGUUCACAGCUUUAAAACUGGACACCCUUGGUUACCAUCAUUCACUCUGAUGCAUGAUGGGAACCACAGGUGUCAAAAGUGACUCAGAAUUACAGCAUAGAGGUCACAGCUUGUGCUACAACCCGAAAACUGAAAACCCGUUAUGCUGAUGAUGUGACGACAGCAGUGUGAUCUGGUAAACCAGACGGAGAAGACCACAAGGAGAAGGCGGAGUUUACCAUCUUUGCAGAGCGCUGCAUGUGUGUGAUCUGAUAGGAGACUAAUUCGCUGAUUAAUUUAUUGUAAUUAACUCAAUUUACACCAAGCUGAUUAUCCAUAACCGGUAUUCUGUAUAUCCCACUCACAGGAGGCUCCACUGCACCAGGAACUACAUCCACCUCAACCUUUUCUUCUCCUUCAUCCUGAGAGCCGUGGCCGUGUUGGUGAAAGAUGACAUCCUCUUCAACCGGACCUCACACUGCUCAAACCAGCCGUCUCUGGUGAGGUCAUCACCCCGCUGUCCUCACUGGCCCGGGUCGAAUCCUGCGGGGGGAGACAGAGGGAGAGACACACUCAUGUGUGAACGGUGCAGCUGCCACAGAAGGAAAAAUGAGAGACUGUUUAGAAAAUGAAAUGUUUCAGGACUUCAGAUUUUUCUGCUUACAAAAACGUCACAAUAACAUAAUAAAACUGGCAAAACGAUAUAAAAUACGACCAAACAGCUGAGUCAACAACUCUUAAAACUGUUCAGGAAAAACCCCGUUGAGAAAAACACUUCAGCCGUUUACUCCACAAGGUUUUAAAUUGGGAUGAACACAAAACCUCCAAGAGUCAAAAAGUCAAGCCAAUGAAGACGCCGUUUGUUGUGGCAGCGGGAGGUUCAACACUGGCGUCGCUAUGACAAAUAAAAACCUUCUGAUCUUGAUACUCGAGGGUUGAAACUUCAAGCUUAAUUUUUUGCUGAACUCAAUAACAAGCCCAGAGGAACAGAUGAACAUUUCACCCCGUGAAAAUACUGAGAAUGAUAAUCUGAUGGUCUCAUGGAGGACAGGGACAACUCAGGGGCAGAUUCUGAGUCUAAAAGUCUAUUUCCUUGUUGAAUUUUUAAUUAUUGUGUGUUUUAGGUGGGGUGUAAAGCCAGCCUGGUGUUUUUCCAGUACUUCAUCAUGGCUAACUUCUUCUGGUUGCUGGUGGAGGGUCUGUACCUCCACACUCUGCUCGUGGUCAUCUUCUCUGAGAACAGACACUUCAUCAUCUACAUGUUCAUCGGCUGGGGUACGCUCGUUUUUUCAUCGAGUACUUUAAUUCCUUUAUUUUUAAAACCGUGUAAACCAUCUAAAAUUCACGGUCAUGGUUAAACAGACUGGGCUCCAGUGGUAGUAUUAAUGAAUCAACAAAAACGCUGCCGUUUUUCUCUUCUUGGUGUUUUGCAGGAAUCCCCACAGUGUUCGUCUUUGCAUGGGUGAUGACGAGGAUUUUUCUGGAGGACACAGGGUGAGUGCAAACAUCGGCCACAUAACAGGAUAAAAUCUACAUGCCAGAUAUUUCAGAUAUUCAACAAGGACUGCAUCAAUUAUCCUACAAAGUCCACAAAUCACAAUUUACAGGUUAAAUUCUGCUACAAGAUGACCUUGUGGGAGGACUAGACAAGUAUCUCUGAGGUCAAAGGGCUUCAUAUUGGUUAAAUCAGCCUGUGAUGAGGUUGCAUUAAGAAGUCAUUAUAAGGCUAAUCCUGCUUUUCUAAUUGUAACUCAUUAUUACAGCUCAUAUAGCAGCAGGACUGUCUUUAAAAAGGUUGUACGUCUAAUUAGAAACACUGAAUAGAGACUGCGUUGAGGUGGGAAAUGAAGCUUGUCACAAGGUUUCAUCUUGACCUUCAUUUGAUUUGAUCCAACUUCAACAGAGCGUCUCACCUUUGCUGUUAUAAAACUCGAUUUAACACACGAGUGAAGCUGUAAUAAUUAAAUUUACUUUGUUGAGUUUUAUUCACUCUGAAGAUUAAGCCGCUUAUUGUUUCUGCAAGAACAUUUCUGUAGAGCGAACAAGUUAUUUUGAGAAAGGGAGCCGAUACAGAAAUGCUAAAACCUGCAGUUCCUUGACUGUCCACUAGAGGCUUGUGGCAGGAGCAGCAGAAACCACAUACACACCCAUUCAGAACAAACUGCAUUCACAGCAAAAGCUAACAGGUUCACUCUCUGGUUCCUAAAAUGGUUUUGGUUGGAAAAACUGUGCGGGGCGCAGAUUUUUUUUUUUUUAUAAUGUGUUAAUUUAAAAGAUUUUCAGAUUACAACUCUUGUGAAUGUGAGGUGAGGCAGCUUGGCUUAUAGGUAGGUAAGUGUUUAUGAAGGAUGUCCGCUGUAAAAUGCCUUUGACAUUGAGUUGUCGCAGAGUUGAAAUGAUCAGUUAUUCAUUUUCAGAAUUAUAAAGGUGAUAAUGGAAACAAAGACUCGGUCUAAAGUUUUUACCAUUCAGUGAUUAAAAAGCAUCAGACUGGCUUUGUGUGAUCAGAAACUUCAAAUAUCUGGUCAUUAAAGCUGAAUAUUUUGUUUGACUUUGUCGACUUGAUACUUGGUAUGACAAAUUUCUAACUUGAUGUGUAGUUUUCUGAGCACCUUCAUUAUUCUGCAAGGAUUUAAAACAGAUUUUUCUCAACAAACUAAGUGAAAGAAAAAUACUCUGACUUUGCCCACGAAUGUGAGAUCCACAAGGACACUGGUGACUCAGUCACACUGAAAAUGUCCCUGAAGGACCAUUAUAACAAAGGAACAGUGUAUAAAUGCUGUGCUCUCUAUUGACCGUUUGUGCUGCUCUUUGACCCUCAGGUGUACAGUAGUUAGAGUUCUUGUAUUUCAUGUCAAAAGAAGCCAAUUAAAAUGGCUUGGCUCAAUGAUAAAGGUGUUUACUAUACUCAAGGCACGUCCAACUGGAGGAUGACCAGUGUGAAAUCUGAACAGCUCAAGUCUCAAGGUCAGAAAACACUUGAAUGGACAGAAACCUGUUAUUAUUCAACCAUCCAAUAGUAUCAGUUUGUUUCCUUAAAAAUGUCCAUCUGUUCAGAAAAACUUGAAUUUGAUUUCCUACAAAAUGUGAGUAAGUUAAAGAUUCCUGUUUCUAUGAAAUCAAGCCCUUUUGAAGUUAAUGCAUUUUAAUACUGUUUCUGUUGAGUCUAGAUUGUUGGGUGGGAAUGAGAGGUUGGGUUGGGUUUGGGUAGAUUUUGGUGUUCUUUGUUUCAUUUAAUUUUUUUUCUGUGUAAAGCACUUUGUGCUACAUGGUCGUGUAUGAAAAGUGCUAUAUCAAUAAAGACUGAUUGAUUUAAGUAGAUUAAAUAUAUCCAGAAGGGCGCUGGCAACUCAAUCACGAAGCAAAUGUCCACAAUGGGCCAUAAUGAUGAAGUAUGUCUAAAAGCCGUGCUCGUCAUUUACUGGUUAUUCUUCUGUCCAACCCUCAGAUGUAUGACCAUUGCUGCACUUAAUUAAGAGUGAGAACAAUAUUUCCGAUAGAAGAGCCUGAAAGUAGUUUCCUUUGCAGAGUGUUCGCGCUCAAAGAGAUGGGCAUCCAUCGAUCAUCCAUUAUCUAAACUGCUCAUCCUGUACGGUGCUUUGGGGACCUAUACUGGACACUCUGGACAGAUCACCAGUCCAUCACAGGGGCUAACCUAUGGGCAAUUAAAGGUCACCAAUAAGUCUAAUGAGGAAGCUGGAAUACCCAGAAAGAGCCUGUGAACACACCGGGAGAACAUGCAAACUGCACACAGAAAGGCUGAAGCUCGGCUGGGGUCUGAAACAGAAAACAAACCACUGCAACAUUGAUAGUUCCAAUAAUAGAAAUGGUUCCAGUAUUCCAGACUGAAAAACAAAAACAAAGAGAGUACACACUAAGCUUGGAGUUUGAAGAAUCCAGGUCUCAAAUUCGGACCACUGAGUCAUUUCAAAAGGCAUCACACACUACUUUAACGGCCAGAACCAUCAAACAAACAUCAAACUUUCCAGUUUGACAUGCAAUUUCUUACAACUUUCCAUAUUUUUUCGAUUUCUUCUCCAACUCUCCUAGAAUGUAAGAUUUUAAAUAUUCUACAUGCUAACUGCAUCGGUCUUUAUGCAGACGACCCCAAUGGACCAUCAUAAAGAGGAGGCAGUACCUGAAGGCUGUAUUAAUCAUUCACUAGUUGUUCAGCUCUCCAACCCUCAGGUGUAUGGUCAGAGACUUCUGAUAAUUAAAGUAAGAACAAGCUCUCAAAUGUAAAUGACCAAAAUUAGUUUCAGAGAGAUGGGGGGUCUUGUGCGAUUGAACGACCCUUAAGGCAGAACUUUGCCCUUUUGUAUCGAAGAAAGCCAAUUAAAAUGGAUAAACCCAAUGGUUAAGAUGCUUCCAGUACUGCAGGCAUGUUGAACUGCAGGAAAACGCAAGGGGACACAGGGGUUAAAUUUGACGUAUUCAAGAAUCAAUUCUUGUCAUCCAUUUAUAAUUAGCUGGAUAAAAAGCCCUGCCUGAUGCAAACAAUAAAAACUUGAAGUAUCAUUUUCUUAUUUCCUUCUAUAUCUAAAAAAAAAAAAAAGUAUAUCUUAACAGAAACUCUUGUCAAAGCUACGCUCCAGGUUUGUUCAUGAAUGUGAGAUCCACCGGCAGUUGGUGCAUCCAUGUGUGGAUGUCCCUAAUGGACCACCAGAAGAAACAGAAGGUGUCUCUCGAGGGUUCUGCUCUCAGUAUUCCUGUUUCUCUUCUCUCCAACCCUCAGGUGUUCAGUCAUUGGCUUUGGUUAAUUAGAGUGUUGCAGGGUGCUUGAGAUCAUCGAAAUGAGGGAGGCAUAUCUGAAAAAUCCUCAAAGCAGAAGCAGAAGCCAAUUAAAAUGGCUUAAAAUCCUUCCAGUAUUCCCGGCACGUCCAACUAGGAGAAAAUUCAAGAGACAGAUGGAGAACACUGGACAGGAACUACAUACUUCACGAGAUCUGGUCAUGAUUUGGGAGUCUCAAGAAUCUGCUGGAGGCCAUGGCGUAAAUGACGGAUGUUUCAGCCACUUACCCUUCAGCUAAUGCUGCCAAGACCUGGAUAAGUGUCCAAGACUUCAGGGUUGGAUUUGUGACUGAAAUCCACACUCGCCUUAAGGGUUUUAAGACUUGGCUCAGAGUGUUAAAACUUGGGUCAAAGUAAAACUCAAUUUUACUGCCAAACUUUGAGAAUUAGAAAAACAGACUAACAGGGUAGCAGCCUCACUCCUGCUUGUAACUGUCCAAAAAUGUUGUUAGAUGGUGUUUUUUUAAAUAUUCAUGAUGUGUCUCAUACUGUGUUUUUUUCAACUUCAGAUGCUGGGAGAGAAACGACAACCCCAUACCCAACUGGGUGAUCAAUGGACCAAUCGGUUUCUCCAUUAUGGUAGGUUGGGGUCUACUCCUUCCUUUUUACCUGCAGGUGUUUCAUGUUGUAUGAUUUACAAAGAAAGGGAUCUGCAGCCUCUCAGUUCCUAACCCGAAUGUCCAUACAGUGAUCUGAUUUGAUUUUAUGAUAAUGAGGCGCAGUGCUGAUAAGAUGCCUGUUUUUAAUCUAAGGCCUUGUCCUUGUCCUCAUAAUAUAUUGCUGUUUCGUUUUUCAAGAAAAAAUUCUGUAAAGACAGAAAUGUUUCAGGAAUUAUCUGCGUAAACUAGAAACCUCUGAAAAUGAUGUAGUGCAUAUGCCAAGCCAGUAAGUGGCGCUGAAGCACUGCCCAAAAAAUGCACCAAAAGACAGAAGAAGAGUACAGAGGAUGCGUAUAGAGGUUGUUUUGGCUGGACUCGCACAGGUGCCAUGAAAGAGUAACGCUGUGUUUGAUGUAACCCUUCCAAGAAAGAUGCUAAUAAACAUCCACACGAUUUACGCACCCUGAGACCCGUUUUCAAAAAGUAUUGCUUGCAGUCACCCGAAACGCCAUUUCUGUGUUGAUGAAACACGGAUAUGACAAAAAACGCAAGUGUUUACUCCUGAAUUUGUUUCCAUGUGGACAGGAACACACACAAAAAAAACUUGGCGAGCCCACCAGGAGAACUCUCAUUAGUCAGCUAUCCAAGUGUUGCAGCUGCAGUUACAACAGCAUGUAUCUGAUUGGGAUGUGGAAAUUUGAGUGUUAUUCUGACUUCCUUUUCCCUUUGUGGUCAGCUUUUGUUGUUGAAGCAAUCAGAGAUGAAAUGGCAGACUAAAACACACAAAAUAGUCCUGACAGAAGCCAGCAAAUAACAAUAAUAAAUGAACAGAAUUUAAAAAUUUUGGUUUGUUUUUGCAAUCGACAACAAAGCUUUUAUUGUAUGGGACCUUAAAGAGGUUGUGUUUUGCUGAAAUGUUAAAUUCACGGUCUGGACACACUUGCUGUUUCUUAACUUUCCCUUUAUUGCUUCCUGUAGGUGGAAAACUGUCUGACACAGCUUAAAAAACACCCCCCUCUGACUCUUCACUUUUCAUUCCUUCUCUGUCUCCAAGGUGAACUUCCUCCUGUUUAUCAACAUCAUUCGGAUCUUGGUCCAGAAGCUAAGAUGUCCUGACGUGGGCGGAAACGACCAAUCACAAUACAGGUAUCUGACACGAGGCUGGAUCAGCAAAAAUAACCUACACAGUGAUACUCACUCCGUCUCUGCCUGCUUGAAAAUAUGCAGCUGACCUGUUUUUGGGCUUCAGCUUUAAUGGGAGUCGACAGAUUUGGCAGCGUUUGUGUGUCAUCAGGCAAAUAUUACACUAGUUAAAUGCUUGUGGAUACUACUGUGGAUAAAAGAGUCAGCUAAAUGUCUCCAAAUAUAUAAAAUAGAUCAAAUUUCCAUCCCUUCAGUGUUUGCUGUCUGGAGAAAUAAGAGUAUUGCUAACUUAAAGUGAACAGACAGCUUCUCAUGAUGUAGCUUGCGAAAUGCAGAGCGCGGGGAUGAAACCUCUGUGGCACACAUGCAUGAUUCAGUGUCUGAAUCUUUUCCAGUCAGGGACGGCGUGUUUAAUCUUCAGGAAGUUUUACCGCCUCGGGGGAAAUCGCAGGUGUGCUGAGUUGUCAGGUAUUCUCGUGUCUUGCGGCUGCAGGGAUCUAAGAUUCGGUGGCAGGAGGUGAUGAAAAGCCAGGGUAAAGCUGAUUUGUUCCACCGCCAACUCUCCUGUUAGUGGAUGUGAAGAUUCAGUGUCAGUGCGGAGUAUUUCGGUGCAGAGCUGAGCUAAGCCGACAGCUGAGGGGCGAAGCUCGGGAGGAGGAUUUCAUCGUCUCAUAUCAAAGUUGUACGUGAACUACAGUGUUAGUUUUUCCAACAACCAUGUGGACUAUUUACUUGAAAUACUCACUCAGGUCGAAUAACCAAAAUGUGAUGUCAUAAUUUUUGUUUACCAAAUGGUUACCAAGUCCUACUUGCGAUAGUAGAAGCUUUCAGAGCUUGUAUGAAUUCACAGCUCACACACCUGCACCACCAGGUAAUGUGGGAUCUCUCCUGCUCUCCAGUUUGCACGUAAGUCUCUAUUCACUGAACCAUAAAACCGAAAACAUAUACAUGGCAUAAAUGAUGUAUUUUUGAGGGACAAACUUAUUAAAAGUACAAAAAAUCAGUUUCAUUUCAAAGUUGUUGGACUUUUUCUUUGUUUUCUUUUAUCUCAGGAGGUUAGCCAAAUCCACUCUCCUGCUGAUCCCUCUGUUUGGGAUCCACUAUGUGGUCUUCGUCUCUCUCAGUGAAUCUAUAGCAGAGGAUUAUAAAAUAUUCUUUGACCUGGCCCUGGGAUCCUUUCAGGUACAGUUGAAUAUGUUCCUCUACCUCAUUUAAAUACUUUUAUAUUUGGUUAUGUCUCUCACAGUUCUUAGCUCAAGAGUUAAGAUUUACGGCUGAUGAUUUCUGAUCACUAUGGUGUCUAUUUCAGGGCUUGGUGGUGGCCAUCCUGUACUGUUUCCUCAACAGUGAGGUACGAGUUCACUAAUGACACUGUAUGUCAUGUUAAGGGACUUAAUGGCAUGGUUGACGAUGGGAGAGAUUCGUAAUUAUUAUGAACCUCGUUUAUAUGGCGAUCAUGGUUCUAUAGUGCAAUCUCCAAAAAGUGAAGAGAAAAAAGAAUGGAAAAAUUCCGUUCAUUUUAGCAGGAGCAGGGCUGCAAAAAUAUUGACCAAUGGGAGCCAUCCGACCCAGACAGCUCCUAUUGGUCAAUCUCCUGCUCCGUCUUUCCAUCCAAAUCCUGCUGCCAACCACUGGCCUAGUGUACAUACUCCAGAGUUUUUCAGUUUCUGUUUAAAUUUGUUUGCACAAUGUUACAAAAAAAAAUCAUAAACAGAUUAAUUUUUGAGGUUUUGGGGGUCCGAGCUCCGGGUUAUUUCUAGAAAAUCUAAGGAGUGUCUGAAAGUGGCUACAGAAAAUAUUUAAGCUAGACUGAUUUUAGCUUUCUAUGUUGUCGACCUUGAAUGAAAUUUUAUUUCUAAACUUUUCUUUUAAAGCAGAAAGUUGAUAUCAAUUGUGGCACAAAUUACACAACACCAUAAAUAUGUGGGAUCUACCUUUGCAGGUACAAGGGGAGCUGAAGAGAAAGUGGCGAAGCAUUUGCCUGAACUGUCAUCUCAACAGAGCGCAUCCCCUCAACAACACCCUCACCGCCAGGAACGGUUCAGAGCACAUGGUACAACUUCACCGAAACUCACGAACUCAGUCCAUCCUGCAGUCAGAGACCACGGUGCUGUGAGGACCAGAGGGACCUUUAAAAAGACUGAACACAGAUACCGUUUUCAAGAUGACCUUGGAAGUCCAAAGCCCGGGAGGAAGCACCACCGGGUUCAGAUCUACAGAUUCUGCUUUUAGCUUUACAUCUCUGCAAGCCUUCAAACGUACCUUAAAUGGAGCUCCAGCAUGUCAGGACUAUUUGUGAAAAUGUUCUUGUGUUUGCUGAAAAUAAGGACCUCAAUUUUGCUCUUUUUUAUGCCGUGAGCUGACAGAUUAUGUCGGCAAUCUUUGCUUAGUGAGCUUUUUUCUUUGACAUGCUCAUAUCUGUACAUAAUCUCGCAUCAGUUAAAUAUUUAUACGUGUGAAUGAAGACUUCUUUUUUUUACUCAUUGCUGUAGCUGCUAUGUUAAUACCAAUGUGACUCUCUGUCUUACUUUUUGAAGAAGAAUGCCACAUUUUUGUUGUUUGGUCUGACUGACCUGAACUCAUACUUGUUAUGCUAGCUGUUUACAAAAUGCAUAAGCAACAUAUAUUUAAAAAAAAGAGAGGGACUUCUCUUCCAAUGGUGGUUUCAUAGUUUCAACGAAUGACUCCAAACUCUACAUUUGUGCAUUUUAGCGACAAAGUCCGAGAAAUUCUGACUUUUAUUUGUUGGGAGUAAAAAUACAUAAAAGUGUGACGUUGUGCACACUAAAUAUUUAAACUUUAUACUACAAUAUUAACCAAAUGAUGAAUCAGCAGUUAAAUAAAAAAAAAUAAAAAAAUAAAAAGAGAAUUUUUUUUUAGAAAAUUGGGUUGUUAUUGGUGAGGUAGAUAUUUCAGUACUUUUGAAGUGGGUCUCCAUCAGUGUGUUAACCACAAAGACGGUACUGUGACCGGAGUCGAGUACAGUUACAGUAACUUACUGUUUCAUGGCGAGACGUCAAAGUUUGGCGCCCUGGCAGCCACACCAACUGACAUCAAAAAAAGUCUUUGAUAACUUUUUAUCUCCGAUGUGUCUUCUUUAUUCUGACCACUGUAGGCGUCCAAUGAGGCUGAUCUAUAUACUUAUUAGAAACAUCUAAGUCAUACAACCCCAAAGCCUGAUUUUAUCGUUUAUCAAACAACUCUGUGGCUGUAAAUGGAUGAGACGUAAAACACACUUAAGUGCUGAUUUGUUGAAUUCAUUUAGUUGUAUUUAAUGUUGAUUCAGUGGUUUUGCAAAAAAAAAAAAAAAAAAAAGACGCCAUGAAUGUCAUGUCCAAGAUGUCUGAUAAAGACGUUCUUCCUAAGUGUU